GAGAAGCCAGAACUUUCCAGGCAAAUCAUUAAUGAGUGGGUGGCUAAUAAGACAGAGAAGCGCAUUACAGAAGUGAUCCCAGAAAAUGGUAUUGAUGAUCUCACUGUCUUGGUCCUGGUCAACACCAUUUAUUUUAAGGGGCACUGGAAAUCACAGUUCCCAGCUCCAAAUACAAAACUUGAUAUAUUUCAUAAAGCCAGUGGUGAGACCUGCCAAGUCCCAACUAUGUACCAGGAGUCCAAAUUCCACUACACAUUCAUCGCCCAGGACAAAGUCCAGGUGCUGGAGCUGCCUUACAAAGGGGACGAUAUCACAAUGGUGCUGGUCCUGCCCAGUGCUGGGACACCGUUAGAGAAAGUGGAGCGAGACUUGACAUCAGAGAAGCUGCAGGACUGGAUAGAUUCCAUGAAGGAGAUGUCUCUCUUUGUCUACCUCCCUCGCUUCCGUGUUGAGGACAGCUUCAGUGUCAAGGAAAAGCUGAGGAAAAUGGGGCUGGAAGAUCUCUUCAGUCCAGAAAAUGCUAGACUCCCAGGUAUCAUUGCAGAGGGCCGCACAGACUUGUAUGUGUCUGAGGCUUUCCACAAAGCCUUCCUUGAGGUGAAUGAAGAAGGCAGUGAGGCCUCAGCUGCUACAGCUGUCACCAUCUCUGGCCGUUCUUUCCCUAUGAACAGAAAAAUCUUCAAUGCCAACAGGCCCUUCCUGCUUUUCAUCCGGGAAGCUACCCUCAACACCAUCAUCUUCAUGGGCAGGAUAGCUGAUCCUUGCUCCUAAAGGAGCUGGUAGGGCCUCACUUCUCCCUCCUCUGCCUUGGGAAAAGGGGAGGUGGGUUAUUGUCACAAUGCAUGGGCUGCUCCUGGGGUGGUUGGUCUUGCUGUUUGGUGCCACCUGCAGGGAGGGACUGCAUCCAACUAGGCUGUCCCUGCUCUUCCCUGCCAUGUCAGGUGAGGGGGCUCAUAGGUCACCUCACCUGUCCUGUCCUCCAUGGCAAGGAAAACUGAAUUUCAUCUGGCACCAGUAUUUUUGUGGCACCCAAGCCCAGCAUUGCUGUCCUUCCUGUGCCCAACCCUCUGUAACUCUGAUCACUUGGUUCAUUAAAACCUAUAGAUCUGUAUGUAACAAA